AUGCCAACGCAUUGCUGCGUUCCACUUUGCACUAGGAAAGGAUAUCGUGAAGAAGAGACCAGAGAGAAGGUAUCUUACUUUAAAUUUCCAACCCAAGAAAAAACACGAAAGCAGUGGAUACAUGCUAUUUGGAGAGAUGAGGGGAAAGAUUUUCAGAUAUCAAGUACAACAAAGGUAUGCUUGCGGCACUUUAAGCCGGAUGAUUUGAAGAAGAGCUUAGAUGGUGUGAUUUCAUUAAGACAAGGGGCUGUUCCUUCUGUUUUCACUUGGAAACGAAGCUCACCUCGCAAGCGACCGCCUCCAACGUCUCGUAUCUCCAGUACGGCCACUUCUGUGUCACGGAAGAUAAGCAAAACUAUCGCUGAAGUUGUUGAGGCUUCCUGUUCGAGGGAAAUUGUGGAGGAAUCAUCCAACUUACAUGUCCAUACGACAAGCACAGAAAGUCACCUCGCUCCGGAAAUGGAAGAAUUUCCAUCAGCUGUAAAUGAUUUGCAGUCCGAAGAAAAUCAAGAAAUUACACGACUGGAGAAACUGUUAGCCGAAACUAUUGAAAUAAAAGAAAAAUUAGAAUUGGAGGUGUCAUCUUUAAAUCAAAAAUUGGGAUAA